CCCUACCACCACUUCCAUCACAUCUUAGUAAUCGCAACCGAUUAUUAUCGCUCAGCGCUGCACGCUGCUCUUGUAGCUCUUGUUAGCUUUUAAAUACACAUUUAUUCGCUUACGAUGCCGAAGAACCAGAAGUCCUCGGCAUCUUCGGGUACACGGAAGAAGAAUGCUCGCAAGGCAGCUGUAGCUGUAUCCCCGGAAGUCCCAGUCAUCCCGAAGCAGAAGAAACAGAAAGGACAGAAGAAAGAGCCCAGGAAGAAAGUUUACAUACUUCCAUCCAAGCCAGCCCCACCACAGCCCGAUCCGCUCGAUACUCUCGGCCUUAUACAUAGACUACCACCGGAACUUGUCAUCAUUCUUCGAUCCUUGGGAAAGAAGGAUCCAGUCACUAAGGGACGGGCUCUGGAAGAACUUCAGUCAAAGUGGAUCGACGAAAGUUCGAGGAAAGGGGAUGAGAGCGUGGAAUGCGAUGCACUUGUCACGAUGCUACCAGUUUGGUUUCAUAGGGCUCCUGUAUUCUUCACACAUCCCGUUCGCCGGAUCCGCCUCUUGGCUGCUGCACUCCAUUUCUCAUACCUACGCAUCCGUGCAGUCCGGGAUGCCGCCACCUUCUUUUUGAGAGAGACUGUAACAUCUGAGCAAAUCGAGGCUCUUAUGGGUACAUGGUGCAUGCUCGCUCACGAUGCUGACCGUCAGGUAUCUCUGCAGGGACAGAAGUCCUGGUCUAGUAUCAUCUCCUCUUCAGGUGCAGAUGGAGAAACACUGGUAAACGUCGAAAUGCUGGCCUCUAUCAUGGAGUUUCUUCAAAGGACUCUUUUGGACCCUCCAGGAGUGUAUCUUAACCUUAACCCUGCUGCACCAGUCGCAGCUCCCACUCCGGGCAUCAAGAAGCCCGGCGGGAGAUUCAUUCCGACGGCCCCUAUGGAGGAAUCUAACAAGGCGGAUGAAGAAAGUGAUCUUGACAGGAAUGCUCGUCUUCGUUUCGGUGCACUGAGCGCUUUCCGCUGGCUCUUUGAUGCUCGCCUCGCAUCAAAGAUCACGUCUCUCGACGAUCUAUCUGGGCUGCUAUCUAACCCACUGUUGUGGACGUCAUUGUAUUGCGGUGAGAAUGCGCCUUGGAUUCCCGACCCUGAAAUCCAUGGUCUCGGGCAUGGGCAACCUCAAGUACGCCAAGCCACGUGGGCAUUAUUGUCUGUACUGCUGCAGCGUUACAAAGGCGCUAUUGAACCAUUUAUUCCUAUAUUAAGUGUUGCUAUACUUCGCUCUGCAUGGGUUGAAACGGACCCGGGAGUAAGAAACACUUUGUUCCAACCCGUCUUACUUUUUCUCAAAGAGUUUCCAAACGCGUGGACUCUUGAAGCGGCAUAUGAUCCAGAUAAACACGAAGAUGGCGAUGAGUCGGACUCGGAUAGCGAGGAGCGUGAGACUACAACUCGCAAGGAAAAGUCUUUUGAGGCAUAUCGCGAGUUUCUUCAAUUCCUUGAGCUUGGAUGUGCUGGAUCACCUGUCGAUGGGUAUCCUACCGUCCUCGUUGUUUUAUCGACGAUUCCAUCUUCCGUUAUUGCAGCUUCCUCUAGGACGGGGAUGCCCCUCGACGAUUUCUUCACUUCGUUCUGGGCAGCGAUCGACGGCCGUGCACUGAGUUCUUUAGAGAGGAAGGUGCCUUCUGCCUCAUUCCUUUCGUCUCUCCUGGAAUGUGUGGUGUUCUUUUUGAGAAGACUGUCGAGUGGGUCCCAGGACCAUGGAGCGUUAUCCGGGUCUGUCUCAGAUAUCCUGGAGCCAAAUAGCACACGCCGACAAGACGUGGUAGACGAACUUGUCAGAUCUCAAUUUACGCGUAUUUGGGAAGAACUUAAAGCAAGGCGCCUAAGAACCGACGAGAAUGAUGCGGGGAAAUUGAUAGCUAGUUCGCUGCUCUCUCUACAUCGCAUGAACGCUGAUCUUUUCAAAACUGCCUGGGAUACUGUUUCCACUGCGAUCCUUUCUCAAGAUGACGAGAGUCUAUCUCUUACGCCUACGGUGCUCCGGACGUUCGUGGACACUUUCCAAACCGAAGACCUUCCCGCAGAGGUUACACGCACUCUGAUAGGCAAGUAUGUGCAGGAAACUGUGGGGAAGUGCGAGACGGUCCUUGCCUCUGACGCGGCCAGUGCUGAAGUUUCGAAGAAAAUCGGUGUUGUGAUCACGCUUAUGGAGACGUUCGGAUCCCAUCUAUUCCAGCACUCCGACUUUGCUGUGAGAAUGGACAACAUGUUCGUUCACCAUGCGCUCCGUAUUUUGCAAGCUUCUCCGCAGGCAAUUUCUGCAUUCAUGUCGUGUCGGAAUGACGAGGAUCGUUGUUUGGAGCUAUGGCAUGUUUUACUGGUCGAUAUUUCCCAACAGAUCGACACCUUGUCGUCACUGCUGGACGUGAUUAACACUGACAAAUGUCCCAAAUAUCUACGACCCGAGGACGACGAGUUAGAUAGCGUCAUAGAGCACCUGUUUCUUGAGGUGUUAAACGGAGAUGUACCGACUUCUCGCCGCGAUUUGGUAAAGAGACUCAUCCAAGCGCAAAGCUUUUUCCUCUCCGAGAAUGGGCAAGAUAUCUUGUUCCAAACGCUGGUAUCGUCAUUAUCGUCCACCGUAGACGAUAUUCUGUACACAGCGAAUACGCCGUUCACUGGGUUAUCCACUGUUAUAGAGUUCACGCGCAUCAUGCUCAGCAAGAACCAUGAACUCACUGGUGACUCACUGGCAUCUGUUCUCCCAAACGUUUUCAUUGCAGGCUAUCUGCUUCCGGUGACGUUUCCCACUUUGGAAACACCUACAAUCGAUGCUGCACGAGGAGUUUGGGACCUUUGGGUUUCGAAGGCCGAUACUGGACUACAGAGCGUCCUGAGUGGCCUAAUUAAAGAGAGGUUGAAAGAUCUUCUCCAAGAUUGCUCUACCUCCACGCGACCAGAAGAUAUUCUAACAGUUAUAAGUCAUAAACCGAGAGGCAUGGACAUCACCCCACUUGCAGACGUCUUCCCCACUCAAGGCGAAUUCAAAACAAUGAUCGACUCGCUUCCGUCAGACCCACCAGACCCCAGUCUCGCAUUCAUCGAGUCCAUCAUCCCGGCCACCUCGGAGUUUGAGAACUCAACCAUCUCUGGUCUGGAAUUCGAUUCAAGGGGCUAUUCACCAUAUAUCAGGGCUACGUCUGCCCUCCUGGCGUACUUGGGUGAAAACCGGAGCAUCGCUAAGGAGAACAUGUGGGCACUUCGACAUCUACUAAUACUCGGUCAAUAUGCGAACGAUCUUCUAAGUGUCCCAGCGACACCAAGUGGAUUGUUUGGCCCAGAUGUAUCGCGGUCAGAAUUACGCAGACUGCUUGGGAAGAUUCACCAACUAUCCACUUACCUCCUGUCCACGGGCGACGAUAGUCUUCAUAGUCAGGUUGUCAGCGCUUGCACAGUUACUCGCGCAACAACUUCAUCAGGUGCUUUGGUAUCUUUUGUCGUGGACGUUGUCAAUCACGCCAGAAGGGAGGAUACCGUCAGAGAUGCACUAGUAUUGCGCUCAGUGUUGAAGCACCUAUUCGCGAGCGCUAGCAAAGCAGAUUCUGACCAAUGGUUGAAUCUGGCACGUAGCCUGGAAAAGACAGCGCCGCAAACCACGUUGGCCAUCCUUGCCAGUAUCACUGAAUUUGCCCCAGAACCAUUGAGAAUGGACCGUUACCGCAACGAGAUUGCUUCAGACAUCCUGGGUGUACCUGCGAGCAGGGUAAACACGACAGGAGUCGUCCUACUCCGUCGUCUUGCAGGGACAGCCCCUGAUUCUGAAUCGGACGUGGUGUUCUUGCCACAACAGCGUGCCAUCAAUGUCGUGAAAACCUGUCAAGCUUGGGUUUCUUCUGACGAAGAUAUUGAUGAAGAAGUGGAGAGCAUGAUGACACUCUUGUUCAUCCAUCUUGCCCCAAUCUUGCAGAACGUCGCUGGGAACCACUGGGAGUUUAUCUUUGAUGUACUCGAGAACAACCUAGAGAAUUGCUCCUUUGCCGAUAGCGCAACAUUGACAAUGUUAGGGAUAUCCCUGCGUCUGAUCCUUGCAAUUCAAGAUUUGGUUCUGACCAACAAGUCACUGCGUGCAAGCUGGGACAAGAGGAAAGAAUCUAUCCUGGCGCUUGUGAAGAACCUUGAUAACACCGAUCGUUCCGUGCCACGUUCUCUGUGCAGGGAACUGGCACUUUCAGUUAUGCAAGAGUUGCCUGACGCAUUGGUGGACGAGAAAACCCUGCCUGAGAUGUGCCAUCUCCUCACUGAUCCUUCCUACGAAGUUCAACGCAUGGGGUACAGCCUCCUGCACAAAGCAGCUCGAAAGCGAACCGAACAUUUUGUCAUCGAAUCUGCUGUUGACGCAGAAGACACUGUCAGCGCAGAACUACCUGCAGAACUUCUUGCGAUUCUGCAAUCGAGUCUCACUCUAGCGGAGGGACUUCAUGAUUCUGAAUCAGACGCCGUCGAGAUCGAUGCAUCAGAACUGCACAAAGUCUCUGGGUAUCUACUAGCAUGGAUGAUCAUGUUCGAUUUAUUCAUUGAAGCGUCUAUCAAAGUCAGGUCAAAGUACUUCAAUCAAAUGAGGAGCCUGGGUAUCAUCGGAGAUUUCUUCAUUCCCAAUAUUUUCGAUGUCCUGGGUCUGUUCAGUGGAAAGAAGAAGCCGUUCAAACUCGAUAUCUGGGCUGUUGAUGAUUUUUACAUUGACCACUUUGAGCCCGAAAGCGUCCUCGGCCUGCGACUACUAGCUGCUCAUAUCUAUCACCGAGCGCUUCUAACAGUUCCAGCAUUAAUACGUACCUGGAUCUCAGACUGUUCAGACAGACAGCUACUAUCGCGCGUGGUGGACUACACCGCUUCAUACUUCUCACCAGGCAUUAUCAGAGCCGAGCUUGCACAAGUCCGGCUGGCUGAUCCAUCGUCAGAGCUCCACACAACUGAGAAUCUCACUGUCAAAGUGUCACCAAGCGCUGGGGAGGUCACGGCAUCAUACACGGUUGAUGAUCAAGUGCUGGAAUUGUCUCUAAGAUUGCCAAACGACUGGCCAUUACACCGACUGGACAUUCGUGAUACGAAGAUGGUCGGCGUAUCCGAAGAUAGAUGGAGAGCUUGGGUGCUGGGAGUACAGCAGAUUGUUUGGCAACAAAAUGGUCGGAUUGUCGAUGGCCUAACUUUAUUCACGAAAAAUGUCACCCUCCAUUUUGCCGGUCAAGUGGAGUGUGCAAUCUGCUACUCGAUUAUCAGUGUCAUGGACAGCAGCCUCCCACGAAAGCCUUGCAAGACCUGUAAGAACCCUUUCCAUGCAAGCUGCUUGUACAAAUGGUUCAAAAGCAGUCAUUCAUCAAGCUGCCCGCUUUGCCGGUCUGAUAUGCUGUGAAAGACCGUGUCUAUCCUAAUGCUAGAAUUACAAUUGGUUCUGAUCAAGUGACAACUGCGCAAAAGCACUUGGUUUGGUAAAUGACUUCUGCCGGUACAAACCGAUCCGCCUUUAUGUGUAUCAAUAGCCCCUGCCAGUAUUAGUGCAGCCUGUCAGAAGUGACGGAAGUAAAUACUAUCAUUCCCACCAAUAUGAAAGGGUACCUAAUAUGAAAAAUGUUCAUAGCACUUCAAUGCCAUGGUCGGCCGGCGCUGAAAAAAUUCAAGUAUAUAUAGAGUGCCUAUAUAGAUGCC